UUACAUUCUUGCAUUGAUGGGGUCCAUUCUUUUUGCCGACAAGAGUGGAGAUGCAGUCCAGGUUCUUUAUCUCCCGCUUUUAGCUGAUCUCGACGUAGCAGGGACAUAUAGUUGGGGUAGUGCGACCCUUGCAUACCUGUAUCGGCAGCUAUGUCGGGCAUCACAUAGGGGUGCGAGGGAGUUAGGUGGCCCUGUGUUGUUGUUACAGAUUUGGGCAUGGGAGCACAUACACAUUGGCAGACCUCGGAUUUCGAGGGUGCGGGACCCACCUCCACAGUUUGACGAGGCCGUUCCUAUUUUAGGCUCCCAGCAUGUUCCGGGGAUUGACCCCUUAGCUGUCAGUUGGCUUCGAGUACACAUCACUAGGUCCCACACAGCAGGUGGGCUUCCUUACUACGGGAUGCACUUGACCAUCAGACGGACGAGCAGAUGA